AUGAACCCCCAUUGGCUAUUCCUAGUCUCUCUCCUCUCCCGGCCGACGUUCAGCCAAUUUGUCGAUUCUCCUCCUGUGCAUGGCGACAAAAAAGACCUUGCGGCGGCGGCGGCGGCGGCGGCGAAGACUCCUCUCAUCAGCACUACGACCACCACUCGCGAUGUCGUGAUACUUGGCGGCGGUGCGGCCGGAAGCUAUGCGGCAGCGCGACUGAAGCAGCACGGGCACUCCGUGGCCCUGGUCGAGACGCGAGAGCACCUGGGCGGCCAUUCGCAGACCUUUCACCUGUCCGGCUCCUCGGGGGCACCGGUGGAGUACGGGGUGGUCUUCUUCCACGACAACGCGAUCACGAGGCAGUUCAUGCGGAGCUACGACAUAGAGCCCUACCGGAAUUCCAUCACCGAUCCCAGCCACAGGAUUGACUUCUAUGACCUACAGACCGGUGAGCGGACGGACUUUCAACCGCCCGAGCCUGGGCCUGUGCUGGCUGCGCUCCAGAAGUACGCCGGCAUCCUCCAGAGCAAGUACGGAUAUCUGGAGGCCGGAUACGAGCUGCCCGAUCCCGUACCGGAAGAGCUAUUGAUUCCGUUCGAAGAUUUCGUCCGACGACAUGGGUUGGGCGACUUGCUGAACAUUGCCUUCCAGAUGGGCCAGGGGUACGGGGACUUCCUGCGCAAGCCCACCCUCUACGCCAUGAAAAUCGUCAGUCAUGAGAUUCUGCAACAGGUCUUUCAAGGGUCUCUGCUCCGGAUGACCGAUAAUAGCAGACUGUACGCUCGGAUUGAAUCCCAGCUGAAUGCCUCCGGAGAUCUGUUCGCUAGCAGCAUGGUCGUCAACACGGACCGAGAACGAGAUGUGGACGGCUACAUCUCGAUACACGUGCGAGACUUGAGAGACAAUUCAGUGCACCUCAUCCGUGCGUGCCAAGCUCUUGUCACGAUUCCCCCACUAGUGCAACAUCUCGACCCGGGCUUGGCCCUCGACCCACUGGAGUUGUCUGUAUUCUCGCGGUUCGAGUGCCAUGGCUACUGGGCCGGGGUUCUCCGGAAUGCUGGGCUUCCGGAUCUCGAGGUCCAGAACGUCGACUUGAAGAACCCGGGUGGUGUGCCUUCGCUCCCCGGCAUGUACGUCUUUGAGGCCACUGAUUCGCCCGACGUCCACACCUUCUGGUACGGCGCAGAUGGCGCCACGGGUGACCUGGACGAAGCAGAUGUGCGGGAAGCCGUGCUUGAAACUAUCGACCGCCUGCAUGCCGCCCGAGGCCGCCAGUAUAAUGUCAGCGCUGUUGAGUUCCUGGCGUUCGGAAAUUAUAGCCCAUUCGCCUGCAUGGCGAACGUGUCCGCCAUUCGAAGCGGAUUCUACCGAGAUCUGUACGGGCUCCAAGGUUACCGGAACACGUGGUGGAGCGGUGCGGCGUGGCAUACCCAUGACUCGAGCAAGUUGUGGAGCUUUACGGAAGCGAUAGUUAGUAGGAUGAUUGAGGCACGGCGGUCAGAGCGUCAAGAAGUUCGGCCAAAGCAAGACUUGUAG